CACAUGUGCACACAUCCUCACGUUCUCCCUCUGGUGGUCGCAAGGAAUGGUGGUUGGCCCUGGAAGUGCCACGGUGGCCUUACGGCGUUCGUUAGCAGGAUAGUCAGUUUAUCGUCGCUGAAUGUGGAAAGAUUCAGCUUUAGAAACAAGUGAAAUAUAUGUCACUUAUUUUUCUCUAAAGGUCACUAUAUGAAAUCAACAAUCUGGAUCGCAGCGGCAACAACAGAAAGAAGAUAGAGGAAUUCUCUAGGUCUUCUCGAGAAAAAUUGGUCCAGUCAAAGAACAAAAUGUUCUCCAAAUUUACAUCUAUUCUCCAACACGCAGUCGAGGCGCUUGCACCAUCACUGCCCUUGCAAGAGGAUUUUGUCUAUCAUUGGAAGGCAAUAACUCAUUACUACAUAGAGACUUCAGAUGACAAAGCCCCAGUUACCGACACGAACAUCCCAUCUCACCUGGAACAGAUGCUGGACAUUCUGACCCAGGAGGAAGGGGAGCGUGAGUCUGGAGAGACGGGGCCUUGCAUGGAGUAUCUCCUUCACCACAAGAUCCUUGAGACCCUCUACACCCUGGGCAAGGCUGAUUGUCCUCCCGGAAUGAAGCAGCAGGUGUUGACCUUCUACACUAAACUGCUGGGCAGGAUCCGCCAGCCCCUCCUGCCCCACAUUAACGUGCACAGACCCGUACAGAAACUCAUUCGGCUGUGUGGGGAGGUAUUAGCCGCACCCACAGAAAAUGAAGAGAUCCAGUUCCUGUGUAUUGUCUGUUUAAAACUCAAACAGGACCCUUACCUUGUGAACUUCUUCCUGGAGAAUAAGGUCAAACGUGUAGACACGAAAGAGCCAGUGGCAGAGGGCGUUAGGGAUUAUCCGUCAGCCCCAGACACAGGCCAAAACCCCCCUGGAGCCACAUCACCCAGCAGUCCAGAGGAGCUGGCAGCAACGCCAAGCAACCCUAUACCCAAUAACAACCAUUACAAUCUGGUCAGCUCCCUACUCAACCUGACAAAGAGUCCGGAUGGUCGAGUAGUGGUGAAGGCCUGUGAGGGCCUCAUGCUGCUGGUCAGCUUGCCGGAGCCGGCUGCCACCAAAUGCCUGACCGAGAAUACGGAGCUCUGUGAGCUGCUGACCAGUCGGCUGGCCUCGUUCUACCUGGCACUGCCUCAGUCCAUGGACCCACUGGACAUUGAGACGGUUGAGUCUGUCAAUUGGGGAUUGGAUGUGUAUAACCUGAAGGAGGAUGCUGCUGUCUUUACCGGCAAACGUGCGCUCAUCUCUUUUCUCUCUUGGCUGGACUACUGUGACCAGCUCAUCAAAGAGGCCCAGAAGUGUGCUGCAGCGAUUUUAGCCAGAUCGGUGAGGGAGAGAUUCCUCAUGUCCGUCAUGGAGCCACAGCUGAUGCAAACCUCCGAGGUGGGCAUCCUAACCUCCACCGCCCUGCUCAGCAGGAUCAUCCGGCAGGUGAGUUCCGAGACUCUGCUGCAGGAGACCGCCUACUUCAUCGUGGGCGAAGACACCGCACCAGAGACGCCCGCAGGAAUCGCCCAGGUCCCCCUGAGGCACAGGCUCAUCGAGCACUGCGACCACCUGUCGGAUGAGAUCAGCAUCAUGACCCUGCGCAUGUUCGAGCAGCUGCUGCAGAAGCCCACCCAGCACAUUCUGCAGAACCUGGUGCUGCGCAGCCUGGAGGAGAGGAACUACGCCGAGGUCAAGCCCCUGGAGGAGCGUGAGCCGCUGGAGAAUGGCCAGCCCCAUGAUUCUGUAGAUCUGGAGGAAGACCCAUUGUUCUCAGAUCUCUCCCCAGAUAACAGACUCUCUAAUCCUGACUGGCUAAGCUGCUCACCACCUCAACAUUCCGACAACGCAAAGUCUGAUGGGAAGACUGAGGUGCACAAAAUAGUAAACAGUUUUCUCUGUUUGGUCCCGGAUGAGGCCAAGUCCUCCAAUCAGGUAGAGGGCACUGGCUACGACACCUACCUGAGGGAUGCACACAGACAGUUCCGGGACUACUGUGGAGUCUGCCAGCGCUGGGACUGGAGAGGGCAGCCCAAGCCCUUUGAGAAGUGCAACCUGGACAGCCCCUUCUUUGAGGGCCACUUCCUCAAGGUUCUCUUUGAUAGGAUGGGUCGUAUCUUAGACCAGCCGUACGACGUGAACCUGCAGGUGACAUCAGUGCUGUCCAAGCUGGCUCUGCUGCCCCACCCACACCUCCACGAGUAUCUGCUGGACCCGUACAUCAACCUGGCCCCUGGCUGCAGGUCCCUUUUUGCAGUCAUCGUCAGGGUGGUGGGGGAUCUUAUGCUGCGGAUUCACCGUAUCCCCGAUUUCACGCCCAAACUUUUACUGGUCAGGAAGAGACUGCUGGGAAUGGAACCCGAGGGCUUGACCAUCGAUCAUGUGACUCUGCUGGAGGGGGUUAUCGUGCUGGAGGAGUUCUGCAAGGAGCUGGCCGCGAUCGCCUUUGUCAAGUUCCACGCGGCGGCGGCCUCCACCUCGCCGUGACCCGGUCCAGGAGCUGCAGCAGUGGACGGACACAGGGCCGGGACAGACACAGGCAGGGGACGGAUGAACACUGGACUCCAGCCAAACCCCUCAGAGGACAAACACAGGCCACCUGUCCAUAGACACCCAUCAGCAUCUCACCGACCCCCCCCCCUCCCCCCUCCCCAUCUCAACUUUCCUAGCAGGGAGCGGAGAGCUACUGAAGUGAAGUGCAAGAACAGUCCUGAGGAACACUGCACUAGGAGGUAAAUCCCACUGGGCCAUAGAGGGGUGGAGAACACGGUGUACUCUAAUAUAUAUAUCUCUCUCUCUCCCCACUCUUCUGCUCCUUCAUCGAUCAAAACCAUUUGGUCUUCCUCAAUACUUGUUUAUAUGUAUGCUAUUUAAGUUGUUCUGUUCUCUGCACCUGAAUCUGUGAUGUUGAUGAAUGAGUGUGACUGGCAGAUACAGGCGUGGUUGUAAAGGUUAUGUGGUAACUGCCACAGUCCCAGACAUAUCCUGCAUUUGGUAAGGGAAGUCUGUGGUUAGAGUUUGAUGUUUUUGUUUGGAUACCUAUUAAUGUAAAGUUAAUAAUUGAACUAUUAAUAUAUUCAUCAAACACAGACAUUCAGCUGAUUGGAAGGAAAAGAAAAAACAAGGCCAAAUAGAGGGGAAUGGGAUUUUUUAAUUAAUGGUAAAGUGUUUGGAAACUUUUUAUUGAUGUUUUAGUAACUGCAACAGCAUUUUCUUUCGUACAGUAUCACACCAACUCAGCAUUGUCCAUGUUUAAAGAACAUGUGUUUUCAGAAAGCAGACUCCCCGAGCUGCACAGGGGCUACCUCCAUGUGCACUUGUUACACAGAUCAUGCUGCAGCAGUGUCAACAGAACUGCUUACUUUGAUCAUAGGACAAGACUCUGUGUCUUUCCUGGAUGUCCAAGACAGUGUUUUUAAACCAUUUUAUGGUUAAUCUUUUACUCUGCUGCAUAUGUAUUUAUGUUGUGUGGGUGUGUGUGUGCCUUCAACUUGCUAAGUGUAUAGCUCCAUCCCAACUUUUACUCCAUGUUUAAAGACAGUUUAUUUAUAAGGAGGUGAUAGACCAGAAUGGAUUACUUUUAAGGAACUCUGCAGUACUAAAGUGGAGUACUAAAAUCAUAGAUAUAUUCUGCUUGACCUUCUAUCACAACCCAGCUGAUAAUUGCAUUUAGGCUAACACUUGGUCCUCUACGCGUCCACCUCUCUGUUCAUAACAUGCUAAAACACAACCGAGCACGAAAGUGUUUUUUGAAUCCAGUAACACAAAACCAUUUGCAGAUUGUAGUACUGUGCACCAAAGGGUAGACUUGCUUAAGCCUUUAGUUUAGUAACAAAUGUCAGUUCUGUGCAUUAGACAUGGUGUAAGAGAUGCCAGGAUGUCUGUUUUUAUUUAUGUGAGUUUUUGCACAUGCUAUUGGCCCUUGUUAGUCUGCCCCACCAGUGCAGUUCUCCCCCAGCAUGUUGACUGGAGGCUCAGGGAUGUGGGGCACUGAAGACACAAGUGCACCUCCACGUUUCAGCCUGCAGGAGGAGCACAUCUGAAUGUGUCCAGCAAUGCCCUCUUCCCUGGGCCACGCUUUGAAGAGCAACAGAUCUCAACAUUUUAACCUUGCUGGCUACCUUUUAAUGUAUUGAUUUGAUCUUAAGCAAGAAACCAGAGCUACGUAUUUAGGUGGAAUAUCAGGCCUAUGGGGGGGAAAAAGAGAUACUUUCUGUUCACUUUUGUGCUCCACGGUAACUUGGACUUGAGUAAUUGCUUGGAUAUGUGUUGUGAGGAGAAGAUGCGUGGACAUAAUUGUAUGAGAGCGCGUGUGCUAGUAAGUGAGCGACUGUGUAAGCGUGGUAAGUGCUUGGUUCCACUGAGUGGAUGGCUCAGUCUUAAGGUCAGGUAUAAUAUUAAGGCUUAUCAAUGUAAGCUUUGGUUUUGGAUGUUUUGAUGUCCUCUUGCUCCUGUGUGUCCUGCCUUAUAACGUAACUGAGCACAUCAUGCUUGCAUUUAAAGGCUAAAGAAAUUGCACAUUGUUAUUUUGUUCAUAUGCUUAAAAUGUUUUAUAGUACUUUAGGUUUAAUUUUAUUUUCAUCAUGAACCAAAAAAGAUGUACCAUUUAAAGAGUGGCUAUCUGUUUUUGUGGGGGGGGGGAGAAAACAUCUUUUUUAUUGAUCAUGCACAUUUUAUACAAAUGGACUUCUCAGAGCAUUCUUGACUUCUGUAUAUAUGUGUACAGUAGAAGUUGUGCUGUCUGGUGUAAAUGCAUGCACAUCCAUUUUCGGGUGAGUUUAGGAAAGCAAAGCAGCACCUCUCCAUCCAUUCAAAUACUGACAUCUGCACUUUGUUUCUGAAUGGCCACUGAUGAGAAAAAUGACCAAUGCCUUACUUCAUAUGCUGUGGAGGAGGUCUGAGAAGAUCUUUUUAAUGGAGACAGAGCUCUACACAGGGUGUUUUACCCGCAUUCAUUUCGAUGUUCAAUACUGAAAUUAGUUAUGCUUGAUUUUUUUUUUUAAGGACUUGAAUGUCCUUUUCCCCUUUUCAUAUAUCAGCUUUGACCAGCCACUGUAAAACCUUGGACAUCUGGUUGGCAGUACACAUGAUAAUGUUGAUCAUUACUGUUUGCCAGCUCUCCUUGAUAGAGGACAUUUGUCUUCUUUUGGGUAUCACUGCCAUUUUUGUCAUAAGUAAACAAUGUAUCUUUUGUGUUGAUAGCAAAUAGAUUGCAUGUUCAACUCUUUUUACCUCCCAAAUAUAGCAGGUUGUUGUUUGAAGUCCAUCUUGGGCAGGUAUCAGAAGAGGAGAAUGAAUGCCACACGUUCUCCUUGCAUAAGGAACACUGAAUUUGCACCUUUUCUGCUGAUAUUUACACACCUGUGAAAUUAAGAUCACCCUCCACUUAUAUGUACGUCUGAGAACCCAUAAAAGGAAAAUGGCUUUCUUAAAAUCAGUUACCGUCCCAUUAAAAAGACUGCUUUCUUUGAGGCUUGGUAGUUGAUGUCUCUUAUUAUUAUUGUUUGAAAAAAAUGUGUUUUCUUAUUAAAACCUGAUCAUUGCCAUUCUAAAUGUAGAGAGGGGGGAAUGUAUUGGCAUCUGGGAGCUGUCAUUAAGAAGACCCCUUCAUAUUGGUUGGUCUUGCAGGUCUUAAAGUACAGUUGGUUUUGUUAGGUGAAAAUUCACAUUAAAGUUUACCUCUGACUCCGGA